CCUCCUGUCUCGUUGUCACCUUUGACCAUCGCACAUAUCUAUUCAAGCGACUCGUCUUCAUCCGUUCCUCCAUCUCAAGCCGCUCAUCAACAUUCAUCAUGGGCCACUCAUCGCGCCAGGGCGUCGAGUCCGUCGGGCCUGCGGUGCCUACUGCUGCGGCCGCUUCUGUCCCAACAGAAGUGGACGUUUUGAUUGUCGGUGCAGGAAUCAGCGGCAUCAAUGCUGCCUAUCGCGUGCAGAAUGAUACGAAGCGCAGUUAUGCGAUCAUCGAAAUGCGCCACGAUCUCGGCGGCACCUGGUCCCUUUUCCAAUACCCAGGUAUCCGAUCCGACUCGGACAUGUACACACUCGGCUUUCCUUUUGCGCCGUGGAAGAAUGCUCAGGCCGUUGCCGACGGCCCAGCCAUCUACCGCUAUGUCAACGACACUGCGCGCCAAUUCGGCAUCUAUGACAAGAUUCAUUUCGACAGCAAGGCGGCUGGUGCCUCUUGGUCUUCCGUAGAGGGAAAAUGGACUGUCCAAGUUGAAGCAACCAGCGGUCAGGCUUCGAAGACAGUCAAGUGCAACUACCUCUACUGGUGCAGCGGCUACUACGAUUACGUGAACGAGCACAAAGCGGAUAUCCCUGGCCUUCACACCGAAUUCGCAGGCCAAGUUGUUCACCCCCAGUUCUGGCCCAAGGACCUCGACUGGGCCAACAAGCGGGUAGUCGUAAUUGGCUCUGGCGCCACCGCCGUGACGCUGUUGCCGGCACUGGCGGACAACGCGUCGCACGUGACGAUGCUGCAACGCUCACCAUCUUACUUUGUCGCCUUACCACGCGCGGAUCCAAUCGCGACAGUGAUCAAGUUCUUGUUUCCGGAGAAGGUGGCGCACACGAUGCUCAGGUACAUCUGGGCCAUCAAGUACUUUUCCUUCUACAAGAUGUGCAGGACCUUCCCGCGCUUCAUGCGUAGCACUCUCAGGCUGCUCACGCGUUGGCAUUUGGACAAGCGCACACCCCUCGACCCGCAUUUCAACCCAAGUUACAAGCCAUGGGAUCAGCGCAUCUGCUUUGUUCCAGACGGCGACAUGUUCACCGCUAUUCGAUCCGGAAAAGCGAGCGUCGUGACCGACACAAUCGACACUGUUACAAAGAACGGGAUCAAACUCAACUCUGGUAAGGAAAUCGCGGCGGACAUCAUCAUCCCUGCCACUGGUCUGCGCGUGCAGCUCUUUGGUGGUGCGGAGCUCGAAGUGGAUGGAAAGAAAAUUCACGCGGGCGAGAAGUUCAUUUACAAGGGCUUCAUGCUGCAGGACGUCCCAAACAUGUGCAUCUCAUUCGGGUACACGAUUAUCUCCUGGUCACUUGGCUCGGACGUGACUGCGCAGCACGUCUGCCGCCUACUCAAUAAGCUCACAUUCACCGGAAUGGAUUACGUCGUUCCGCAGGCCCCGCCGGGCGAGAAGAUCGAGCCGUGCGCUUUGCUCAACCUCAAUUCGGGCUACCUACAGCGUGCAGAAAGUUACAUGCCGAAGCAGGGGAGCAAAGGGCCGUGGUACAUGCGCAACAACUGGUUCAAGGACCGACGUGAGGUGCAGAAGGACACGUUGGAUGAUUGCCUUGUCUAUGGAAAGGCGUCCAAGACUUUGAAGUAGACCAUUGUAGGCACGAUAAUCAACGAUCCAAGUUUAUGGCCGAAUUAUUUAAGGUAGCUUUAUGUACAGGAAUACUUCAUAUAUGGACCCCUUCAUUGGAUUGCAGCGAGGAUGCAAGUUCUGCCACCCGAUAGGCGGUGAUGACUGCUGGCACGAUGAACACGGGCGUUCAGCUGUUGGUGCCCUUUGCCCAUAUCGCUCUUGGCGGUUGCAUAGAGUUGCGUGUG